UUAAAUGGUAUUGUAGAUGAAUUUACUUAAAAGAAAGGUAGUUAUUUGACUAUUUCAAUGACUUUUCAGUCCUCGUCGGUGGGAGCAAAUCAGUACAGACAUCUAAUACUUCUAAUUGAGACCUUUUUUUCUUCACAUUCUGCUUUGGAGCUCCAGAAAGUGUAUCCAAAAGGCUUGGAAUGGAGCGACAGCUCAAAAAGUUAUAAAAGAGCACAAGCUAGCACUCCAGCUUGAGAAGGAGCACAAAAAAGUAGUUGGAGAUUAGAUAACAAAUCCAAGAAAGCAAAAUGAUGGAGGAGGAAGCUGUUAGCUCAUUGGGGGAGGUGAUCUAUGUCGCUGUUGGGACAAAUUUGGUGAAGGAGAAGCCAAAUUUAUUGUGGGUUAUGAGGAAUUUUCUUGGAGCUGAAGUUGUUCUUAUCCAUGUUCAUGUGCUCUCUAAGGGGAUUCCAAUGAUGGGGACUAAAAUUCUACCUUCCAUCGCAUCUGAAUAUGCAAUUAGGAAGUACAGGAAGGAAGAAAGGGAGAGGAUGACUGAACUAAUGAUGAAAUACAUUAAUUUUUGCCAGCAGAGGAAGGUGCAAGUCAAGGCAGCUGUGAUACAAAAUAAUGAUGUUUCUCUUGGCCUUCAAAGACUAGUUCAAAAGCAUCAAAUAAAAAGGCUUGUUCAUGGAUCAAGGUCCAUAUCGAAGCAAGAUGCACUUCUUUCUUGCUGCCAAUUGUGGUUUGUUUGUAAUGGAAAGCAUAUUUCAACUAGUGGAGCCACACUUAUCCCUCGUAAUCCAGAGGAAGAAGAACAAUAUUGGUCAACAUUGUCGAAUCGAUGGGACUCAGAAGAUUACUUGCCGUUUGUUUCGCCUCCAAAUGAUCGGGAAGAUGAAGUUGUUAAUGAUGUGGAGGAAACUAGACCUGGGACACCUGCAAGGUGCUCAAGAUGCUCAACCAAAGAUGCUAUCAAUGCAGAAUCACUGAAGCAACAAUUGGCCGCAAGGGAGGAGGAGUUGGCAGAGCUUAGAAGGAAGAACAUGCAAGCAAAGGAAGAUGCUCGCUGUUCCAUUGAGAAAAUAGCCACACUUGAGCAACAGCUUGAAGCACUCAGACAAGAAAAUUUUGAAGCCAUUAGAGAAAACUCGGCGCUAAAAACACAUUUGCGAUGCACAGAGUUCUCAGCUUCAGAGCUGGGAAAGGCGACCAACGAUUUCCAUCCCUCCCAAAAGAUAGCGGAAGGUGGGUAUGGACCAGUCUAUAGAGGAAUCCUUCGCCAUACACCUGUUGCUAUCAAGGUGCUGAACCCGCAGAGCAAACAAGGCCCUCGUGAGUUCCAGCAAGAGAUGCUUGUACUGAGCAAGAUCAGGCACCCCAACGUGGUAAUACUCCAUGGUGUCUGCUCCGAGACCUCCGCGUUAGUAUACGAAUACCUCCCAAAUGGAAACUUAGACGAAAGGUUAUCCGGCAAGAAAGCUCCACACCUCUCUUGCUGGGAUCGUUUUCGCAUCAUCAGCGAGCAGCGCUCUGUUCUUCUCUUCUUACACUCUAGCCAACCAUAUGCCAUCGUACACGCUGACCUGAAGCCCCAAAACAUUCUCUUAGAUGCCAACAACAUCAGCAAGCUCGGAGACUUUGGCACAGCCCGAAAAAUACUUCUAAGCGGAGCCGAAGAUGAGUCUAUUUGCUUGGGAACAAAUCCAAUGGGAACUAUGGGUUAUAUGGACCCCGUAUUCCUGACUGAUGGAUUGUUGACACCUCAGUCAGAUAUUUAUUCUUUUGGGAUUCUGAUUCUGAAGCUUUUAUCGGGGUUUCCAGUUCUGAGGAUUAGAGAAAGGGUGGAGGAAGGAUUGAGGAGAGGAAGCGUAAGUCAGCUGCUGGAUGAUUCAGCUGGGCAAUGGCCGGUGGUGCAGGCUGAGAAGCUUAUGCAACUUGCAUUGAAGUGCUGCAGUUUUGAGAUGAGUUGCAGACCAAGCCUUUUGUCUGAGGAAUGGAAGAUUCUUGAGACCUCGAUGGCAAUGACAGGAACAUAAUGAAAUUCGAGGAGGUGAUGAAAAUUUUUGAGACAAGGAAAUAUGAAAUUUUCUUAUUGAUCGGAUGAAUACUCCGCAGCUUUUUACUCCAAAUCUUCAAAAGCCUGUAUUUUGAUUUUUUUUUUUAUUUGAUAGAUUGUGGGCAUAAUUUCCAUCAUUUGCUGCUUCCCUUCGUUUUCAUAAGGCUGAAGUUCUAUACCAUGUGUAUAUAUGCUGAUGUAAUUAUGUAAAUAUAUUAAUUUCUUCCAA